AUGGCCCAACGCUUCCAACUGAACCCAAAGCCCUUCACUGACCCACCGGCUGAUCAUCUCAACAGGGUCUCUCUGAUCCCAAGAUCUGCCGAGCAGAAGCUGGCUGCUGAUAACUUAGGCGACAGGCGUCCCUUAGCCCCUAGAACUCAUGAAGACAAACCCUUUGGUGAACAUUCAGAUGCUCUCCAUCAUCACAAUGUUGCUCCUCCUCCACAUAAUAAGGUGAUGGAUCAUGACCCCGAGAAAAAGACCGGUUCUGUAGUCCCUAAAACGCCACAUCAUCCUCACCCAUCUGAGGAUCUCCACGAUGCCAACAGUCGACAUUCCUUGGUUCCGAGAUCACUAGGUCACAACUCCCUCGGUGGAAGAUUUGGACCUGGAAAGAACCAAGCCUUUCGAAGAAAUGGGAGGCCAAUGUUUUCACUUUCUGAUGAUCGAGUUAUGGCUGAUAGAGUCUUGAAGACUCAUAGUCCAGACAUGGUCUUCUUUGAUGUCAAAUCACUUCUCUCCGUUGCUGAUGACAUCUUCAAGUCUUACGUCCCAUCCAUUGACUCCUCCUCCUCUGCUUCUAAGCCGUCAGUGGUGUUCAAGGAUUACGCUGAUCAUACCUCCUUUGAAACUUUCGCUGAACUCAUCGAUCAAAUCACUUGCGAGAUCGAGUGCAAAUGUCUUCAUGGAGGUGAGUCUCACGGCAUGAUGACAUCAGGGAUUCAUUUAGACAGCCGCAACACGACGACGUUCUCUGUUCUGUCCCUUGUCUCUAAAUACCGUUGGGAUGCUAAGCUAGUCCUUGUCCUAGCCGCUUUGGCCGUCAAAUACGGCGUUUUCCUCCUCCUUGCCGAGACGUACGCAACGAAUCAGCUCACUAAAUCUCUGGCGCUCAUCAAACAGCUCCCUAGCAUCUUCUCUAGGCAGAACGCGCUGCACCAGCGUCUCGACAAGACCCGGGUUCUGAUGCAAGACAUGGUUGAUCUCACCACUACCAUCAUCCGGAUCUAUGAACUCCCGCCUCACCACAUCACAGCUGCGUUUACCGAUCAUAUCCCCACCGCGGUUUAUUGGAUUGUCCGCAGCGUUUUGAUCUGCGUUUCUCAUAUCAGUGGCGCCAGCGGUUUCAAGCAGGACCAAGUCAUGUCGUUUAUGGAAGUUUCGGAGAUACAUGAGAAUAGUGAAAGGCUUCGGAAGAUCAAUGCUUACCUCCUAGAACAACUCAACAAGAGUCACUUGACUAUCGAGGAGGGUAUAGUUGAAGAAGAGUAUCAAGAACUCAUUCAGACGUUCACUACUAUCAUUCACGUUGACGUUGUUCCUCCUCUGCUUCGUCUUCUCAGACCUAUUGAUUUUCUUUACCAUGGCGCUGGUGAUUCCAAGAGACGCGUUGGGAUCAACGUGCUCACGCAAAAGCACGUGCUGCUUCUGGUAUCAGACCUAGAAAACAUCGAGAAAGAGCUCUACAUUUUGGAAUCCCUCUACACAGAAGCAUGGCAGCAAUCAUUCGAGAUUCUAUGGGUUCCAGUUCAAGAUAUCUGGACAGACGCUCACGAUGCCAAGUUCGAGUCACUUCAUUCCAACAUGAGAUGGUACGUUCUUGGAGAGCCUCGGAAGCUAAGGAGAGCCGCGGUGAGGUUUGUGAGAGAAUGGUGGGGGUUCAAGAACAGACCUAUACUCGUUGCACUUGACCCCAAAGGCCAAGUUAUGUCCACUAACGCUUUCCCCAUGGUCUGGAUCUGGCAAACAUUCGCCUAUCCCUUCACCACCGCUAGGGAACAUGAUCUAUGGAGUGAACAGGAGUGGAAUCUUGAGUUCUUGAUUGAUGGCACUGAUCCUCACUCCCUCAACCAGCUUGUUGAUGGAAAAUACAUAUGUGUAUAUGGUGGAGAAGACAUGCAAUGGAUAAGAAACUUCACUAGUCUGUGGCGUACUGUUGCAAAAGCAGCAAACAUUCAGAUCGAGAUGGUUUAUGUUGGAAAAAGGAACCCUAAGAACGGGAUCCAGCCGAUAAUCAACACAAUCAGAGAUGAAAACCUCAGCCAUACAUUGCCGGACUUGUUUCAGAUAUGGUUCUUCUGGGCGAGGGUUGAGAGCAUGUGGGAGUCGAAACAAAGGAUGCUAAAAGCCCAAAGAACAAAAGGAGGGCGGCAAGGGUUUAAAGAAGAAGAGGAAAAGGACCUUGUGCUGCAAGAAAUCGUUGCUUUGUUAGGUUUUGGAGGAGAAGGAGAUGGGUGGGGACUGGUGAGCAAAACUGCGGACUUGAUGGUUCGAGCCAAGGGGAACUUGUUUUCCCAGGGUUUGGCUGAAUUCAACGAAUGGGAAGUCAACAUUCCCGCACAUGGUUUUCUGAAAGCACUCAGUGAUCAUCUGAUGAUGCGUCUCCCACCACACCACUGCACAAGGUUCAUGCUUCCUGAGACUUCUGGGAUUAUACCCGAUGAGGUCGAGUGCACCGAGUGCCGUAGGACCAUGGAAAAGUAUUACUUGUACCAAUGCUGCCUUGAGUAAGAAGAGGAGCAUGUUGCUUGCUUUGGAAGGCUUCUUAAAUAAAACCAAAGUUUCUCUCUCUCUAUCUUUCUUCUCAUUCAAUUAAAUUACUUGUUGUGUUUAUCUACUUCAUGUGGUUGUUGUUGCUGCUGCUGCUGCUUCUUGUCUAUGAAAGCGGAAUCUUUGUACUAAAAUUUGUGUGUUUAUGAUUUGGAAAAAUAAUAAAAAGUUUUAUGUAUUUGUAGCCAA